GACCGGGGCGCUCACGGCGCCGCUGCCCACUGCUCUGCGGCUGUUUGAGAGUUUUGGUGAGGCUGCUGUCAGCCCUGUCCUUCGUGUCAUAACAGAGCAGGAACGAGUGAACGGGAUCAGAAAGGGGGCUUGAGUUUACAGCAGGAGAAGAAAGUUUGCUGACGAUUUAGAAGAGAGGCUGCGCAGGCUUGAAAAGUGAAUGUUGUCUUUUGCUGAUGUUGCUGUAAAGUCGUCAGUCUUCUUUGACUGACCGCAUCAAACCAACCAGAGAAAUGGAGAGUGGAGCUCUGGCAAUGGAAGUCAGUGCUGGUCUAGAUCCCACAUCAAGGCGUCAGGCCUGGGCCAAAACCAGAGAAUCCGUCUGGCAAGAUUCGAACUCAGAACACCUCUUUGGUCCCCGGGAGCCCCAGCAGAGCCAGAGUAAUGGGAACACACAGGGACCCACAGCACAGGGACAAGUUCCUAACAACAAGAUCGCCAGCUGGCUGAAUGACUGCAGAACUCCCCUUGGAGCCUCUCUAGAUGACCAGAGUGCUUCUCCAAGCAGAGGGCCUCUGAAGAACGGCUGCAGCUUUGAAGAUGACCUUUCACUGGGGGCUGAAGCCAACUAUCCUCAAACCAAAGCCUGUUUUGAUCUUGCGGCGGAUCAGAAAAGGAGCCAAUAUAAAGAGAAAGGAAAGAGUAUGAACUCCACAGGAUCUGGGAAAAGCAGCACCGUGUCCAGUGUGUCAGAACUGCUGGACCUAUACGAGGAGGAUCCUGAGGAAAUCCUGUUAAACCUUGGCUUUGGUCGAGAAGAACCCGACCUGUCCUCAAAGAUUCCCUCCAGGUUCUUCAACAGCAGCUCCUCGGCGCGAGGCAUCGACAUCAAGGUCUACCUGGCAGCUCAGCUGCAGCGGAUGGAGGUGGAGAACCCCAACUACGCCCUGACAAGUCGUUUCCGUCAGAUCGAGGUCUUGACAACAGUAGCGAACGAGUUCUUCCAGCUCUACAGUCAAGUUUCUGGGCAGCCGGUCCAGCGGAUCAGCACUACGGAUCAAGUAGAGGGAGGAGCAAAAGGAGGACGAAAGGGAGGAGACGACGAGCUGUCUUCUCCUCUGAAGAAGAGGAACCCAGUAAUAAACGCUGCCAAAAUCCUCACGAGAAGCAUUAGCAGACGCAACUUGUUCUCGUCCAACUCAGAGUCGACGGAAGCCCAAACGCCUAACCAGCAAAUGCUAACCAAUGGACAUGAAGCUCCUGCUGACGCACCAGCGUCAGCAGAACAGGACGGAUCCAGUACCAACUCUCACCACCAGGCAGAGGUGGUUAGCCCAAAACACAUCCGCAAGAAAGACAACUGUCCCCUCGCGACAGUUACAGAGGAAACCAGUGGGGAUGGAGAGACAGGUUCCCUAACAGACAACAGACCUGAACAGCACACCACCGACCCAGACCUUCAGUCAACCAACCAGGGAACAGGGGAAGGCACUCAGGUGGUUAAAGAGGUGGAGAAAAGAAACUCCACCCCAGAGAAAGCUCCUCACACCCUGGCUCCUCCACGGCCGGCACAUCUUCGCACAGAAAACGCAGACUCUUUUGAAAUAGAGGAGAUUAACGAAGACGAGGCUAACCCACACAGGACGUCUAGAUCGGGAGUAGACCUCCCGAGGAGAGACAGCCUACAGUCUGACAGCAGCGGCUAUGCUGAGGAGCCUUCUGCUGAUCUCAACAGCCACCUUAAGGUGCAGGUGAGUAGUGACAGCUGUGACAGCGAGACCACUGUGACGUCGCACCCUUCACAAGACGUGGUUACUCCCCUUGCAAUGGACAAGCCAGCAUUUGACCUGCCAGAUGGUAGAGAGGAAGAGGCGAGGCCAGGUGAAGCUGCAGAGUCGGAUCGAAGUAACAGCUCCAGGGAAGAGCACAUGGAUACAGAGACUUCAGAGCAGAUUCCACAGUACACAGCUCACCAUCUGCCCAGGAGCAGGCCAGUAGAAGUACAGCAAGAUGAAACUUUGGGUAAGGAGAAUGUUGAGAGAUGUGACCGGACUGAUCCUGAUCCUGAUCCUGAGUCUGCUCAGAGUAUGCCUGCUGCAGAACAACAAGCACAGCCAGAGUCAAAGGAAUCCCAACAUGAUUCAGAGCAAGGACCAGAGCACACUCAGAACCCGACAGAAACUGAAGGAGACACAGAAACAUCCACAGAGAAAACGAAGCUCUACAAAGUCAAAGUAGAGCCUGUGUUCUUGGAUGAUGCUGAAUCACUUUGUCCUGUGGCUCCAGCUUCUCUGGUCCAUAGUGCUUUAGACCGAGCCAAACAGUCGAACCGUACAGCCUCCCAGAGACGUGGCAUCUCCAUGCAGAGGUCCUCUUCCUUGCCCUCUUCACUCCUUUCGCCCUGCAAGAUUGUAUCAUCUGUCAGGAUCCAAUUUGGGCAAGGCCUGGCGUCCUGCACCCAGCCCAAGUACUCCUUUAAAUACACCCCUGAGCCUGAGGACAAGGAAGAAGAAGAAGACGGAAGAGAGGAGAAGGAAGAGGAAGAAGUGGAGGAAGAAUCAACCAACUGCCUGUCAACUCUGAUCAUAAAUCCUGCCUCCUCAUCUAGCUCCAAAAAAAAAUCACCAGCUGUCUUUCCACCUAAGCCCAUACCUCGGUAUCUGAUGAGGCCAUCCUAUUCCCUACAAAGCCCCAGCCCCCCUCCUGAUUGGCCAUCAGGAGUAAAUGCCGAAUCUUGGAGCACCCAGAGUGUUCCAGAUUUGUCGUCCAAUCCGCAGCAGCCUGGCCACUUCCAGCAAAACAUGAAUGCCUACCGAAACCAGCCAAGUUUGAAUCCAGAGGAGAAUCUGUUCUCUGAUUCUCACCGUUCAGCUCAAUACCCCUGUCCCAGUCCAAAUCUUAAUCAAAGAUCUAACUCCAGCUCACAUCCCUUCAUGUCGAACCCUGCUUUGCAGUACACCCCUCCUCAUCUACACGGUAGUCUUCCUAACCUCCACCAUCACCAUAGCCCUUCAGUGAACCACCGUUGUAGUCUAACCAGUCUCCUUCAGCCUUCAACUUCCCCAGGCCCCCAGCAUGACAGCAUGUCCAACUUGCAUCCUCUUUCAACUCCCACAUCUCCUCACCACAUCCCUUCGGGUCACUUGCAUCCUGGACCUUCUGGAAUGUAUCACCCGGUCUAUAACCAUCAAUACAGUCACCAGCAACCCUACCAGCUCCCUCCUCAAGGCUCACAGUUUGGCUCGCCCUACUUUAGUCAUCAAGGCUACAACCCGUACCUGUCAUUUCCCCACCACACCCAUCUCCAUCCGACAGUGUCCCCAGAACACAGUCUGCAUCCAGGGCUGGCUCCUCCUGGCUUCCACAUAGGCAUGGGUUUGGCCCUUAGCCCAGGUCACAACCUCCAUCCAGGGCUUCGUGAUGCUAAUGCUCCAGGUCCAGGACCCGGCCAGAGCCCAUCUAGCACAGAGAUGCAGCUAAGGAGAGUCCUGCACGAGAUCCGGGGAACAGUUCAGAGUCUGAACCGAGCCGAUACUCCAGACACGUUCAGUGAGCCCAGAGCAACUCUGCCUAAUCACCAGACUUUGGCAGAGUUUCAGCAGAAGAGGCGGAGCCUGAACUUGUUCCGCAGUCAGAUGAUGGAUCUGGAGCUGGCAAUCAUCCGACAGCAGGCUCCGGUCUACAAUCACCUGAGCCCUGCUGACAGGCUGGAGUUGGAGCAGCUUCAAUCUCUGAGGUCAGCGGUCAGAGAGGAACUGCAGGAGCUCGAACAGCAGCUGGAAGACAGACUGGAGCUGACGCACCGCACGCAGCACAGAGGUCUUCACAGAGACUUCAGUGUUGAAAGUCUGUCCACCGCCUCUGCGUUGAGAGCCAUGGAGCCGGUGUCAGACCUCCUCAGAGAGCAGCUCUUCCUGCAGUCAGAGAUCGGCUCUGACCGCCACUCCUCCUACACAAACCCCUCCCCGAGGUCAGUCAGUCCAGUGAGAGAAGAUCAAGGAGGAGGAGAUGGCAAACAGAAGCAAGGAAUGUAUCGGGCAUCGAUUAAUAUAACCCCUGCGCCCCCUCCUCGACCCAACGUAUACACUGAGGAAACUGAGGAGGAGGAGAGAGCCAGUGAUGGAGCAGCAUUAGCAGCAGGAGGUGGCGGCAGAGGAGAAGCACCAGAGUUGGAGGAAGGAGCAGCGGGGGAAGUCAGAGUGGAUAGCCUGCAGCAGCUCAUCAAAGAGAUUCGAGAGAGUGUGGCGCAAGAGGUGCGACGGGAGAUCUUCAGCGAGCUCUUGGCUGCCGUUUCACCACGGCCGUCACCGCUACCCGCCAGGCAACCCCCCGUGUAGUCACAGCAACAGCAGAGCACCGCCCCUUUCAAUCACAGCCUGAGAGACACCACUGUCUGUCUGUAUCACUGUAUAGCUGCGUAACACUGUGGAACACAAUGUGUGUCUGGUACACUGUACGUCUCUAACACUGAUGAUGAAACAUCACCUGUAUGUGAAUAGCCCCGCCCCCACCUGGUUGCAUCUACUGUGGUGGUCUGAUGCUUCUUGGCUAUGGCACCCAGAGACAUCAACGACAUCCCUUCUUCCCUUCCCAAACUGUUGUGACCAAACAGCAGACGCACCUAACUACAACCACUGCCACUUUUGCUAGUUAUGCUAGUUAUACUAGUAUACUAGUUUGCUCACACCUGCCAGUAUGACCACUACUAAUCCCAGUUCUGUCAAAUCUCCUCUGAUCCCAGCUGGAAAUCAGAUGACACUAGCAGAAGACAUGUUUGGAUAAUUGUAUUUAAAGAAAUCAUAGAGCUGAACUGUGCAGCUGCACAUAAUACUAAUCACAAUGAUCUUGUCCGUGAUCACCUUCAAAGAACAAUGUAAGAUUACUGAAUGUAACCAACUGUGGCAUCAGUGUUCAAAACCUCAGCAGUUAAAGCGUUAGUUCAGCCCAGUCGGCCACAACAUUAGAACCACCGCUCAUCUCGGUGCAGCGAGGACGUUGUGACAAGUGCACUGCAAACACUGCCAGGAUAAACUAGGCUGCACUCCACAGCCAAACAACAACAGCAGAAAAGGAUUUGGUGUCAGUGUCCUGGUGCCAGAUACCACAGAACAUCCCGGAGUUCAUGCCCCCGUGGGUCAGAGCUGUUUUAAUUACAAUGAUGGGCACCUAAAGCAGUGUUAUGCAGAUGGGUUUAAUGAAGUGGCCGUUGGGUAUAUUUCCUCUCUUCCUGCUUUAUUUUUUUUUUUUAAAGCUCUUGAAUUUUCUAGAACGUCUGAAAUUUUUGCUUCUGUUCCACGAUGAGCAUUAAUUUAACUUAAUUUUCUGCUGAUCACAGCAGUGAAAAAUGAAAUUUAAUAAAUCUGAAAGUGAAACGGCACCUUGGUUACUCUGAAUUCUCCCUGGACCUUUAUUGGGAAUAUUUUUAGUUGUUUAAAAACAAAAAAAGCAGUGAAAACUGUUUCUGGGCAUUAUGUAUCUGAGUAUUUUUAAAGUUUUCAAUUUCAAAGAGCCCAUGUUAUGCUCAUAAUAUAGACUCAUAAUUUUAUUUUGGGGGAUCUAUUAGAAUAUGUUUACAUAGUGUGUUUUUUUUUUAACUUAAAACACAUACAAAUUUUUAUAUAUUAUAGAUGACAUCGUAUUUAAUCAUUCUGCACAUUCCUGCAGCUUCUCUUUCCACUGUCUAAACUGUUUCCAGCUACUUGUCCUCUGACAGCUGUCAGGGAGGCCAGUGUGUUAGACAGUAACAGAAGAACCGUAUGAGCAACAAACAUGUGAACUUUAAUCUUAGUAACUUUCCAAACCUUACAAGUUCACACAUAAGCUAUACAACAGACCUAAAGGAAAGGUGGGGAAAAACAAGAACAACAGGGGCGCUUGAAGCAUUUUAGUCCCGGGCUGUUCAGCAGUAUAUAAAAUAAUUCAUGUCUGAAGAGCAGUUGCUUCUGACUUCAACCCUGUUUCACUUUGUCACAUCGUGGAGCUGCUUUCUUUUGUUUUUUUUAAAUCAGCUGGACGCUUUAAACAUGAAGCAGCUGCUUCUAAGCCCCCUAAACAAACAUUUGAAACAUUUCUUUAUGGUAUGAACGCCACAGGUGAAACUCUUUGGUCCUACACAAUGUUGGGGUGGAGCCAGAAAGUGGAUAUUUAUCCUCAAGGAGACUUUUUUUCUAUUAUUGAAUUAGGCAGAAUUGAGCCUUAAAAACAAGGAAAAUGCCCUAACAUCCAUUAAGCUGUACACUGUUAGAGACUGUAAAGAUCUGCAUUCCUUAAUCUUUAAUAAUAGUGCUGAAUUCUUUCCACCUUAAAAUGACUCAUUCCAUGCACAUUUCACCUUAAUUGCUUAAAAAGGGUUUAAGUAGACAUUUAAGAGUUUCUGAUGCAUCAUCAUCGCCUCCAUCAUCGUCGUCAUAGUCCUCCUGCUGCUCUUCUUUUUCUGGUUGUGUGUUGCCUCCUGCUCAUCAGAUCAUCAAAGAUAUUGAACAACCUAACUCCAAUCACAGUACUUUUAAUAAUAACCCAUUUUAUGUUAGAGUACACUAAGUUUUGUUUAUAUGGAUAACCUUGCUGUCAUGGACUCCAGCUAUUUAACAAAACACAAACAAAAAACACAAAACAAGCAUUUGUAUUUGACAGCUAUGGAGCUGCGAGAAAAGGUGUUUUGUUUCUCUUUGGAUGAGACACCAGCAGCUAGCCCCUUUUUCCAGUCUUUGUGCAAAGCUAAGCUAAAGCAUCCUGUAAAAUCGAGGAGUCUUUGCUUCAAGUGUUUUUGUUUGGGUUUAUUUCUUUAUGUCGAUCAUGCUCGAGCAGGUGGAGUCAGCGUGCAAAGUCAUGAGAUGCUUACGUUCUAGAUGACAGAGAUUUCUGUAAGUUGUCAUGGGGACCGUGAUGAUGAUGUGGAUGAUGAUGUAUUGGCAAGUCAGAGGGAAGAGCUUAGCGAGAUUUAGCUGCGUUGGCAUGUUAGUUUCACUUGUGCAAUAAUGUAAACAUAUUUUUGAUCAUACGGAGCUCAUCUGUGGAUAUCUUGUUGCGAUCAAUGCAAACCGCAUGUCUUAAUACAGAUAAACCUGAAACUUGCUGCUUUUAUUCUGGGAAAUUUGAAUCUUCUGCUUGAUCACAGAAGCAUUAAUAACCAGUUGGCAAACCUGCUUUCUUUAGCAUUAAAGCCUUUGUUUAUGUGGUCGCUCAGCUUUCUGCAUGUACCAUUAGUUAUUGAUGAAUACAAAUGUAAAUGUGGGAGCUGAAUGUGUUUAAGGCAUCCACGGCCUAAACAUUAGGUUUUAUUUUAUUUUUAAGUCAUGUCGUUGGCUUUAUGAUCUUGUCGUGAUUACUUUGAACUUCCACACAUACUUGCAUUAGGACUGAACUUACGUCCUGAAAGCUGAUCUUUGUGUGUAUGGACGUACGUCCUUUGUCUUUGGAAACAAUAUAUCUAAGGUCCAAGGUGCACUCCCUAGUCAUGUGAAGCUUUCAGCAACAUUUAGCAUCAACAUAAUCAUCGAGCACCUGGCUCAGAUGUUGUCAUGUGGCAUAAAUAUUUAGUCCAGUCCAAACUGGUAUGAAUUAAACUGGUAUUUGUCCUUUGAUUCUCUUCAGACUUUACUGAAUUUGUGUUUGCAGAAAACGUUCUCUCUGUGCUCGCUGAUGAGAAAUCCUUCACACACUUAUAAUUCAUUUUAAUGUCGGACUGUGGGUGUCUACUCAUUUCUGUUAAUGUCUAAUAAUGAUUAUGUGUAUUUUGUACUGAUGUCUUAAAUGGGAUGCAAGGAGGGGACACUAUAGAGAUGAGAAAAUAAAGAUGUAUUUAUUUUCAGUAUA